UUGGUUUUGGUUAUAAGCAUGAGCCGUUGCUGCUCGCCACAUGCUAGUGUUGUUGCUUUCCAUUGCAUGCACGAGUUUCUAUGCUCAGACUUGCUUUUCUCUUCCUAAUCUUAAUACUGUAUUUUACGACCCACUUUGCUAUCAAAUGCUGGGGUAGGAAAGGAAGGAAAUUAGAGAGAUUUGGCUUUGGUUUUAUCUAGAAGUGGGUUGAAAAUGUGGAAGCUGAGAAUCGCGGAGGGAGGGAGUCCAUGGCUGAGAACAGUGAACAAUAACGUGGGCCGACAGAUUUGGGAGUUCGAUCCCAACCUGGGAUCUCCAGAAGAGCUAAUGGAGAUUGAGAAGGCUCGCAACAACUUCACCAACAAUCGAUUCCGAAAAAAGCACAGCUUAGAUCUACUUAUGCGCUUGCAGUUUUCCACGGAGAACCCAGUUCCUGUGGUUUUGCCCCAGGUCAAAGUUGAGGAAUCGGAAAAUAUUAUGGAAGGGAUGGUCACUAAUACAUUACGAAGAGCUAUAAAUUUUCAUUCAUCUCUCCAGGCCCAUGAUGGGCAUUGGCCAGGUGAUUAUGGAGGUCCAAUGUUUCUUAUGCCUGGCUUGGUAAUUACCCUGUCUAUUACCGAGGCACUGAAUGCAGUCUUAUCAGAAGAGCAUAAGAAGGAGAUGUGUCGUUAUCUCUAUAAUCAUCAGAACAAAGAUGGUGGAUGGGGUUUACACAUUGAGGGCCCAAGCACGAUGUUUGGUACUGUCUUGAGUUAUGUUUCUUUAAGAUUGCUUGGUGAAGGUGCUAAUGAUGGGCAGGGGGCGAUGGAGAGAGGAAGAGAUUGGAUUUUGAGUCAUGGUGGUGCUACUUAUAUAACAUCAUGGGGGAAAAUGUGGCUUUCAGUGCUUGGUGCCUUUGAAUGGUCUGGCAAUAAUCCCUUGCCUCCAGAGAUAUGGCUUCUUCCUUAUAUGCUUCCAUUCCAUCCAGGAAGGAUGUGGUGUCAUUGCCGGAUGGUCUAUUUGCCUAUGUCUUAUUUAUAUGGAAAGAGGUUUGUUGGCCAUAUCACACCAACUGUUUUGUCUUUAAGGAAGGAGCUUUAUACUAUCCCAUACCACGAAAUAGAUUGGAAUCAUGCACGAAAUGCAUGUGCGAAGGAAGAUUUGUACUACCCUCACCCAUUGGUGCAGGAUAUUCUUUGGGCAUCACUUGACAAGGUUGUUGAACCUAUCCUUAUGCAUUGGCCUGGAAAGAAGAUAAGAGAAAAGGCUCUCCAAACUGUAAUAGAGCACAUACACUAUGAAGACGAGAAUACUCGUUACAUCUGUAUUGGGCCUGUUAACAAGGUGUUAAACAUGCUUUGCUGUUGGGUGGAAGACCCAAAUUCAGAGGCUUUCAAGUUGCAUCUUCCAAGAAUUUAUGAUUUUUUAUGGCUUGCUGAAGAUGGCAUGAAAAUGCAGGGUUACAAUGGAAGUCAACUAUGGGACACUGCUUUCACAAUUCAAGCAAUUAUUUCAACCAACCUUACUGAAGAAUAUGGUUCAACUUUGAGGAAGGCGAACAUGUACAUUAGGAACUCACAGGUUCUAGAAGAUUGCCCAGGUGAUCAUAAUUUUUGGUAUCGUCACAUUUCCAAAGGUGCUUGGCCUUUUUCAACUGCAGAUCAUGGAUGGCCCAUUUCAGAUUGCACAGCAGAGGGAUUAAAAGCUGCUCUUUUAUUAUCAAAAAUACCCCCAGAGAUUGUUGGAGAGCCACUAGAAGCAAAGCGGUUAUAUGAUGCUGUAAAUGUUAUUCUUUCACUUCAGAACACAGAAGGUGGCUUUGCAACAUAUGAGCUCACAAGAUCAUACCCUUGGUUGGAGCUGAUCAACCCGGCAGAAACAUUUGGUGAUAUUGUUAUUGACUAUCCUUAUGUGGAAUGUACCUCAGCUGCAAUUCAAGCUUUGACAUCUUUUACAAAUUCACAUUCUGGGCAUCGUCAAGAGGAAAUAGACCAAUGUAUUCAAAAGGCAGCUAAGUUCAUUGAAAAUAUACAAGCCUCAGAUGGCUCAUGGUAUGGCUCAUGGGGUGUUUGCUUCACUUAUGGUACAUGGUUUGGAGUGAAAGGAUUGGUGGAUGCUGGAAAGAACUUCAAUAGCUGUUCUAGCAUCCGCAAAGCCUGCAAUUUUCUGCUGUCUAAACAGCUGUCCUCAGGUGGCUGGGGAGAAAGUUAUCUUUCAUGUCAAAAGAAGGUUUACUCAAAUAUUGAGGGCAACAGAGCACAUGUAGUGAAUACUGGCUGGGCUAUGUUGGCUUUAAUGGCAGCUGGACAGCAGGCUGAGAGAGAUCCAACACCACUGCACAAUGGCGCUAGAUUUUUGAUAAAUUCCCAAAUGGAGAACGGGGAUUUUCCACAACAGGAAAUUAUGGGAGUGUUCAACAAGAAUUGUAUGAUCACGUAUGCUGCGUAUAGAAACAUUUUCCCUAUUUGGGCAUUGGGAGAAUAUCGUACUCGUCUAUUUCAGCCGUCGUAGAGCAAAUGGUGGUAAUAACUAUUGCUGAUAAUGUUCCCCUACUCUGUUUUCAUCAUGUUAAUUGGUACUUCUCAGUUUAUGGAAAGUGGCUAAACCCCUUUUGUUGUUUUAAGUAUCAUGUUUCUUGAAAAGUUGCUAAACCGCUUUUGUUGUUUUAAGUAACAAGGUGGGUGGAACACGAGGACAGAAAGGGGGACCCAGUUUGAGUGUUGAUCUAUUGGCAAUCAUUGGAAUGCCCAUUUCCUUUUUUUUUUUUUUUUUUUUCUUGUUAUCUAAAGCACCACAUAAUGAAUUUUUAUUGUAGAAGAUUUACCAUCGCUAGUGAUUACUCUCAGGUUAACAAUUUUUUAGCGUAAAAAGAUUCAAUUCGUUGACAUAAUAAAACAUGGAUAAAAUCAACAAUUUGGAUGCGCUAAAUCCAGAAUUCUAUCGUCAAGAAACUAGAAUUCUACCAUCAAGAAACUACCACUUGAUUGUGACAGUACCGCACCUAUUGUUACUACUCUGUUUGUUGACAUAAAUUCAACUAUGAACCAAAUUAUCAGUUCA